AUGACUCUCACUUCUUCGGCUUCCCGUGGCGGGGCUCCGGGCCGCUCAGGCGCCCACUUCGGUUCGGAGAUCGCUUCCUCUCUGCUUCCAGCGGUGGAAGAGCGCGAGGAGGCGAGGCAGCUGGGACGCCGCGAGACAGAAGGUCGCCUGCGAGAAGACGCGACUUCCAAUGUGCGUGCGGCAGCGGUAGGUACACCCGUCUUCACGCGGGCCUCUGAGGAGGAGGACGAGGAAGACGAAGAAGAGGGGGAGACCUGGAUCUCCUGGUUCUGUGCGCUCGAGGGUCACGAGUGCUUCAGCGAAGUCGAUGAGGAAUACAUCAAAGACACGUUCAACCUUUUUGGCCUGAAACCUCUGAUCGGAAACUACGACGCAGCUCUGGACAUGAUCCUCGGCGCCGCCCCCGACGACGAAGACAUCGACGAGCAACACUUCCUAGAGGUCUAUCGGGACGCCAUGGAUCUCUACGGCCUCAUCCACUCGCGAUACGUCAUCACACCCAGAGGUCUCGCUCAGAUGCGAGAAAAAUAUAUUUCUGGGCAAUUCGGCGAAUGCCCACGAGUCCUGUGCGAUCGCCACCCUGUUCUCCCUCUUGGCAUUUCUCCGGAUCUCAGCUCUCACCGACUUCGGCUGUACUGCCCGCUUUGUCAAGAGGCGUACGACGUGCGUGAAGGCAGCGAGGAAGCAAAGGACAUCGACGGCGCCUUCUUCGGUCCUUCCUUUCCCCACAUUUUUCUUCAGACCUUCCCGAACUUGGUGCCCCUCGACGUCCCCGUCCCGUAUCAACCGAAGAUUUUCGGCUUUCGAGUCCACAACAGAAAAUCGAUCGUUCAGCUGAAACUCGAGCGAGGUGAAUAUGGAGCAGACUGUGUGCCAGCCGGUAGCGCGCGUCCCGCGAUCGCGGCGUCGCACGCGGUGCCGGCGUCUGGCGUCGAGGAGGCCCGCGGAGCUGAGCGCGAGUCUCCUCAACUCGGGGCAGAGAAGAAGGAAGAGACUCUGACGGCGGAGACCGACGCAGCGUUUGCAAAGCCGGCAUGCGAGAGCAGCGUGAGGCCCUCGGGAGACUGGAAAAUUCCUGGCACAUGA